UUAGCAUUGACAUGAACCUAUUUGUUCUCCCAGAUUACAACCCAAGAGACCAGAAUCCUAAACAACAAGAACAAAGCAGCAGGAGCAGGAGAUUAGAGACAACUGGAGAACAGAGGGAGAGGUCCACAGGCUACUGGUUUCUCUCUCUUCUACCCUGGCUUCUCUCUUGGUGCUGUGCUGUGUGUGCCCUUUUCUAUUCAGUCGGUUGCCCUCUCUCCCAAGCCAAACACCACCACCCCUCUCUCUCCCUUUCUUCCGCUUGCCGCUUUCCCCACCCAAUCCGUCCGUCGGGCCACCUCCUCUCUGGCGGGGCGGGCGAUCCCCCGCAGAUUCCGCGCGAUUCGGCGCCGAUUCGGGGCUUUUCUCGGCGAAUCGGCGGGGAUCGGGCCCCGGGCAGGAGGUCAGGGCCUUGUGAUCGCUAGCCCUUGCUCCGCGCGUCGCUGCUUGGUGCCUGGCGUGUGGGGGUGGGGGCUUGGGUGCCUGCGUGCGGCGGUUGCUGCUGCGUCGGUGCGUCUAGGUGUCGCAAGUGGAAUAGGAGAAAGCUUUUGGCUGCUAGGACGCUUAUCAGUGUUGAAUUUGUAGAACUGAUAUUGUGGUUUUUGUACUGAUUGGAGUUUAGUUGUCAUGGAAUCCAGGAAACCUCCAUUUGUUUUACGUAACUCUUUGGAACAUUUCACUUGGAGCUUGCGUAACAUCACCUUCCCUGAAGUAAAAGAUAUAUGGGCUGAUUUUGGCAUUUCAUGGGAGGUUUUGAAGAUGAUGAACCACCCUCAAAAUGCGCAAGAGCAUCCUCAGUAGAAUCCGCAAGUUUGCCAGAUUGUUUCUCUUUUUCAAAAUCUGCCAAUCCUUUGGGAAGUACAAUGGCUAGACCUUUGCCUUCCCAAGGGAAAGAAGUUAUGGUUGGUUCUAAAGGCGUUAUUAAGAGGGAAGAAUUUGUCAGGAUAAUCACAAAAACUCUGUAUAGUCUUGGAUAUGGAAAAAGUGGAGCAGUUCUGGAGGAAGAAUCAGGGAUAACUUUACAUACCCCUAUGGUGAAUCUUUUCAGAAAGCAGGUGGUUGAUGGUAAAUGGGAUAAUGCAGUGGUUACCUUGAAUAAGAUUGGCCUUCUGGAUGAAAAUAUUGUGAAAUCUGCUGCGUUUUUGAUAUUGGAGCAGAAAUUCUUUGAACUUCUGAGAAAUGACAAUGUCUUAGGUGCUAUGAAGUCUUUACAAAGUGAAAUCACACCCCUUGGUGUUAACAGAAAAAGAGUGCAUGAACUGUCGAGUUGUAUAAUUUCUUGUUCUCCACAGCAGGUGUUCGUUGGUUUUUCAAAGCUUGGCAUUGAUUCUUCUAGUUCACGGCAGAAGCUCCUAGAGGACUUGCAAAAGGUGCUCCCUCCAACUGUUAUGGUACCAGAGAGAAGGUUAGAGAAUCUAGUUGAGCAAGCACUUACUGUACAACGCGAUGCUUGCUAUUUCCAUAAUUCUAUUGAUGGGUUGUCGCUCUACAUUGAUCAUCACUGUGGGAAGGAUCAGAUACCAUCUCGCACGCUACAGGUUUUGCGUGCACACCACGAUGAAGUGUGGUUUCUCCAAUUUUCAAACAAUGGGAAGUAUUUAGCCUCAGCAUCAAAUGAUAAAUCCGCAAUCAUAUGGGAGGUCGAUGAAGAUGGAGAGCUAUUACUGAAGCACACAUUGAGUGGUCACGAGAAGUCGGUAAUGAUGGUUGCGUGGAGCCCUGAUGAUCGCCAGCUUCUCACAUGUGGAAUGGAAGAAACCAUCCGACGCUGGGAUGUUGAAUCUGGCAAAUGUCUUCAUGUUUAUGAAAAACCUGGCAUUGGUUUGAUAUCGUGUGCCUGGUUUCCAAAUGGAAAGCAAAUAUUGUCUGGUCUAACCAAUCAAAACUUCUGCAUUUGGGAUUUACAUGGUAAAGAAGUUGAUUCGUGGAAUGGGCAAAGAUCAUCAAAAACAUCUGAUUUUGCUGUAGCAAAAGAUGGAAAGCUUAUUAUAAGCAUGAAUAGGGAGUGCACAAUUAUUUUAUUUGAUAGGGAGACAAAACAGGAGAGGUUAAUUGAAGAAGAUCAUACAAUCACUUCAUUUUCUCUAUCAGAAGAUGGCGAUUUCUUGCUUGUAAAUCUUACAAGUGAGGAGAUUCAUUUGUGGAACAUAAGGAAUGGUCCUAUUCGAGUCAACCGGUACAGUGGUCAUAAGCGCAGCCGGUUUGUGAUAAGGUCUUGUUUUGGUGGAUCUGAGCAGGCGUUUAUUGCUAGUGGGAGUGAAGAUUCGCAGGUCUAUAUAUGGCAUAGAGCCACCGGUGAUCUCAUUGAGACUCUGCCUGGUCAUUCCGGCACAGUCAAUUGCGUAAGCUGGAAUCCUGCAAACCCACACAUGCUCGCAUCGGCAAGCGAUGAUCAUACAAUUCGUAUAUGGGGGGUGAAGAAGGCCGGUCUGAAGCGUAAGGAUGUUGGCAGCAGCAAUGGGAUCCACGCAAAUGGCAACGCUCAUGGCAAUGGUUUCGUUCACCAGUGCAACGGGAACAGCAGCAAAUGAUUGCCUAGGCAGUAUGCCCCCGUGGAUGGUUUACUGGCAUUUGUAAAUCCCCUCCUUUUCCUUUACUUUGGUCCAGGAAGAAGAACGAUAGUAAAACAAAGCCGCAGCACAAAGUGUGGGGAAACCUGCUGGGUUUCAUGCACCAUCUUUCCCUUGUUCCAUCAUGACUGUUGUCACAUUUAUUUCUUAAUUCAAGCUGGGAUAGAAUUAUGAUAUUA